GUCAUCCACGGGCUGCACGGGUACACGACCGAGGACCAUGGCCUCAGUGACCUGGCGGUCGACGAGGACGUCAUGCCAGGGGGGUCGCGGGACGCUGCAGUGCAACGUAGAGGCGUGAGUGCCGCGGGUCGAUCCGUGCGGGAGAUCGCCAUAACCUCUUGCGAGCCGCUGAACCCAGAGCGGCUCUCGCCAAGGCCCCACGCCGACACGGAACGAGAGGAAGGCAACAACACGCAAGUCCCAGCCUUCAGGUGCACCCUCGAGGUAAACAGCGAGAGGGGCUUGGCUCAGUCGCCAGAUGUUCUGCUGGAGCAG